GUGUAAAAUUAAAGGCGCUCUCUAUUUCACGUCGCGCUGAUGUCAGUGCGAAACUUCCUGUCGGCGGUGGCAUCGACCGAAGCUUAAACAUCACUUUUAACUGGGACUAGAAACAUGUCUUCAGCACAGACAUUUUCAGAGAAAGACCCAAACCGACACAAGCGAGUGUCUGUCCAGUCCAACCCUGGAUUCCUGGAGAGGUUAAGUGAUACUGCAGGUGGGACUGUUUUGGGCAUAGGACUGUUUUUCCUUUCAAUAUAUGUUCUCUUCACCAAUGAGGGACGGGCUCUACAAACAGCGUCUUCAUUGGAUGAGGGUUUGUCUCAGGUCGUGUCGUUGGACUCUUUCUCCAUCCUUGACCCGCAGAACAACAACCGUUUAGUUCAUCUGUCUGCAAAGCUUCGUACCUUACAGCCUCUUCAUGACCCCAACUACAGAGUGGCGGUGCAGGCGGUGAAGCUGCAGAGGCAGGUGGAGAUGUAUCAGUGGGUGGAGUACCGGGACAGCAAGGACUACCAGGAGAAUGGGGAGACCAAAACUGAGACUACGUAUACCUACAACACUGAGUGGAAGUCCGAGUUGAUCAACAGUCGAAAUUUUGACAAGGAAAUUGGUCACCAGAACCCAAGUGCCAUGGCAGUCGAGAGUGUCACAGUAGAGGCUCCAGAGGUCAGAGUUGGACCUUUUAUCUUGUCCAAAGGCUUGGUGGAGCAGAUAAACAACUUUCAGACGCUGAGUUUGAAAGAUUUUCCCCUCCUCAGCUUGGACUCUUUCCUCACUAUUGAUGAUGAUUAUUUCUAUCACACUCAGUCCCCACGCAGGCCGGAGGUCGGAGAUGUUCGUGUGAGAUUCUCAUUUGCUGGACUGAGUGGCGAGACAUCUAACCUUGGCCCUGCUCAAACUGUCAGUAUUGUGGCCAUGCAGAGAGGGGAGCAGCUGAAGCCUUUUAAAACCAAAUCUGGAGACGUUCUGGAGAUCCUGUACCAGGAGGAGCUCUCUGCAGAGGAGGUGUUUGAGAAAGAACAGAAGAACAACAGUAUGAAGACGUGGGGACUGAGGGCUGCAGGCUGGGCCCUCAUGUUCCUCAGCAUACAACUGACCAUGCGCAUCAUUUACACUUUGGUGGAUUGGGUUCCUCUCCUCAGAGAUCUGGUGUCAGUGGGACUGAAGAUCUUCGCCUUGUGUGUCUCCUGCUCUCUGUCUCUGCUCACCAUCGGAGCAGGCUGGCUUUUUUACCGACCUCUGAUGGCUGCCGCGUUGGCAGCACUUGCUCUGCUUCCAGUGUUUCUUGUCCGUUCUGGACUUGCAUCCAAAAAGAAUGAGUGACUAGUAAAGAAGUGAUGAAGUUUCUGAUGCCUUGCCGCCGGGUGUCGGACUGUUGUAUGCAGGUUGUUUCAGGGGUUUAAAGCAUGUCACUUUCACUGUUUUGAGGGAAAACCUGUUGUGGUAAUGUUUGUUUUGUUUAAAUAGGUAGAAUAGUAGGUUUACAAUAGUCAACCAGUGUUUUUACUGACUUGAAUGUUAUCUUUGUAUAUCCUUUUUUAAUUUUGCCUUAGUCCUUCAUUGGACGCAUCCCUUUAUUCUGAAACAUAUUGAUGGAUAAAAAGAAAUAACAGUUCAUGCACUGUUUAUGUUGUUCGAUCAGCAAUGAUAGGAGGCUUUUACUGUUGCCUGUAAUGUUAACCAAUUUGGCCUCACAAUUAUUUAACUCUUUCAUGUAUCCUGUUUCCCUUCUUAUGCUUUCAUUAUAUUUGGUUGUGCACAACGAGCCACGUAGGUUAACCAGAGUUUUCGUUUUGACUGUAAAUAUAAUUCACCAAAGACUUCUUGCUCUUUCCACAUAGCACUAAUGCAAUCUAAAAUAGACCUGUAGUUAGUGUACAUUCACAGAGGUUAUAAUGUUCAGUUUUAGGUUGAAACACUUUAUCUGCAAUUGUGUUGUAGUAUUGUAUUGUGAGACAAUUCUAUAAUUUAAUACAUAGAUAUAUUAUAAGAUAAGUUUCUGUGACGACUGAGCAUAAUAACCUUCACGUGGAUUGAAUUUAUGGCAGCACUGUUCUAGUAGAUUGCAUUAUUUCUAGCUAUGAACUAAUAAGUGAACAGAGCAAUUUUGCCAUGUUAAACACAGGCCUUCUCAUAAAUUGUGUCCUCCUCUCUAUUACUUGAAGGAACAUUUUUACAUUUUGUACAUAUCACAAAGCACUUUUAAAGGCACAAAGGCCAUUCUUGUUCAAAGUUACCAAAGUACAGUAGAUCUUCAUCUUAUUUUUGUUGAAUUCUCAGUUGUGUAAUGAAAGCAAAAAUAAAGCACUUUUUGUGCGGCAACAAAAGACCUGACUCUUGUCACCAGUCAAAAAUGUAAAAGAAUAAAGAGGUUGUUCCUGAGCUGUAUUAGUGCAUCAUGGAUAUGUAAUUGAACAGAAAUAUAAAGAACACUACAGGUGGUGUCAUCCUAACAUGUUGGUCUACAAGUGGGGUCUGGCAGUUGUAUUUUCAGUAGUUACGGUUCAUUAAAAGAGUACUGCAAUGCAA